AUGAUACAUCUAGCACCAUUAAACGUGCCUUUUAUAAGACGACGUCAAAUGGCGGCCGUUAUUUUAUGGAUUAUCUCUUUGCCCGCAACUUUGUGCAUUUUUUUUAUACUGUGUACUACAAUUUUCUUUUGGCCUUGGAUCAUCGCAUAUUCACUAUUUGCAUUAUUUGAUAUCGCACCAGAAAAUGGUGGUCGAAGGUUUUCUUUUGCUAGGAAUGCUAUCUUUUGGAAAUGGUAUGCUGAUUAUUAUCCAAUAAAAUUAAUUAAGGAAGUCGAUCUAGAUCCAUCAAAAAAUUAUAUAUUUGGUUAUCAUCCACAUGGUGUAAUAUCUGUUGGUGCUUGGACAAAUUUUGCCACCGAAGCUAAUGAUUUUUCAAAAAAAUUUCCUGGAAUUACGUGUCGCUUACUAACUCUCGCGUCAAAUUUUAAUAUUCCCCUUUAUCGAGAAUAUUUAAUGGCCCAAGGCUUGGCAUCCGUAUCCCGUCAGUCUUGCGAAAAUAUUUUAAAAAAAGGCCCGGGUCAUUCCAUUUUAAUUGUAAUUGGUGGCGCGGGUGAAAGUUUAAAUGCGCGUCCUGGUGUUUACAAUUUAGUUUUGAAGAGGAGAUUAGGAUUUAUCAAAUUGGCUAUUCGUCAUGG